AGUGAUUUACCGCAACGCCGUUGUCGCUGUGGUAUUGGUGAGCUUGGUGAUACGGUAUAUGCGGUCGGUGGUUUCAAUGGUUCGUUGAGGGUGCGUACUGUGGAUGCGUAUGACAUUCACAGAGACAAGUGGUAUCCCUCUGUUCCAAUGGAUGCCAGACGAAGUACUUUGGGCGUGACAGUGGUUGAGAAUAGAAUGAUCGCGAUUGGCGGUUUCGAUGGCACGACUGGACUGAGCUCUGCAGAAGCAUUCGAUCCUCGUGAAGUUGAUGANCAUUGGCAAACACUUCCGUCGAUGUCUGUGCGUCGUUCGUCGGUUGGUGUCAGCACACUGAACGGUCUGGUGUAUGCGGUUGGUGGAUAUGAUGGCUAUAUGAGACAAUGCUUGAACACCGUCGAAAUCUAUGAACCACGAGCCAAUAGGUGGAGAGGUGGUCCUAAUCUCAUCUGGAGACGUUCUGGUGCCGCAGUUACGGUCGUUAACGAGAACUUGAUUGCGAUCGGAGGUCAUGACGGUCCGGUUGUAAGGGACACGGCUGAGAUUUUAAUUAAAGACGUUUGGAUAGAAUUACCCACUAUGAACGUAUGUCGACGUAACGCGUGUGCAGUGGCUCUUGGAUCGACGGUUUUUGCCAUUGGAGGUGAUGACGGAACAACGGAUCUGAAUUCGUUGGAGACACUCGAUAUAUCGUCAGUUGAGCUGUCGUAUAUCUAUGAGAACAUGGAAAUCGAUCGAUCAGUCGAAAAUAUAUCAAGUACAUGGACACAACCCGAGGUCCGCAUGAACCGGCCACGAUCCUAUGCUGGAAUUGCUUUGCUUCCUAAACUUAUCUGA